AUGGCGAACAAACCAUUUAAACCGCCAUUGCUGCUCAACAAGCCCACUCUUCCAAAUAUCAAUACCCUGUCAGAAGAGCCACCAAACAAGAGGCGAAGAAUAUCCCCUGAUGAGGACAGUGAUAUAGACGCGACGGUGGUUGCCGCGGCCCAGUAUGCUGCUGCCCCAAAAAGACUUCAGUCGAUCAAGACGUUCAUACCACAUCGAGUUCCUCUAAAGGAUGUCUGUAAUAAAUCCCAUGAACCGAUUUCAGGGGAGAGGGUCCCCGAGGCCUACUACACUGUGCUUUGGCGCAAGUUUACCAUGAAAAAGAACAAGACCUGGGACGGGGAUGGCGUCCUAUCAUUUGUUGAUGGUUAUGCGAGACUACAGAACAUUGACGGUCGUGAUAUGGGAAAAACGAGUUGGGCAAAGCCCUUGUUUCCCGGCUCUGAGCUCUCCAUCGGCGGGAGGGACGUGGAAAUUGUCUCCGUGAUCUCGAAAGAAGACUACUUGGCUGGCAGGCCGUUCCUGACGUUAAGAACGAACGAGAAGGCUAUACCAGCUGCUCCUCUUACGGCAGUAAAAGUACGAGCGGUGUCUGGUGGAAGCUUUUCCGGAAAUGGUGAAACUCUGAGGCGUUCAGUACUCAGUCAUGCUGUUAACGCCAAGUUCAAGAAGCACUCCUUCACGGGAAUGACACCAGCAGCUACAGUGUCAGUCGAAAAGGAGCCACUUCCACGACAUGACCCCAAUAUGCCGGGAGCACUCGUUAUGAAGCGCCCAAAAGCCGCACCACCUGGUAAACAGAUCGUCGACGUCGUCGUGGACCCUAUCUUGAGCCGGCAUUUGCGACCUCAUCAGCGUGAAGGCGUCAAAUUCAUGUACGAAUGCGUGAUGGGUAUGCGAGAUUCUGGAGAAGGUGUGAUACUCGCGGAUGAGAUGGGGCUUGGCAAGACCCUUCAGACGAUUGCCUUGCUAUGGACUCUGCUGAAACAAAAUCCUGUUUUUGAAGAGCCUCCCGUUGUCAAGAAGGCCCUGAUUGUCUGUCCGGUCACGUUGAUUAACAACUGGAGAAGAGAGUUCAAGAAAUGGCUCGGCCUUGAUCGCAUAGGUGUUUUCGUCGUUGAUAACGAUAGGAAGAUUCGUCUGACCGACUUUACCAAGGGAAAAGCAUACGCCAUAAUGAUCAUUGGAUAUGAGAAAUUACGCACUGUUCAACAAGACCUGAAAAGAGGAACACCGAUUGACAUCAUCAUUGCGGAUGAGGGUCAUCGACUAAAAACUGCUCAGAAUAAAUCAGCUCAAGCCAUCAAAGAGCUUGGCACGGAAAAGAGAAUUAUACUGUCUGGGACGCCGUUGCAAAACGACUUGAGCGAAUUCUAUACCAUGGUGGAUUUUGUUAAUCCGAAUCUUCUUGGGAAGUAUAGUGCUUUCAAACGCGAGUUCGAGAUACCAAUCUUACAGAGUCGCGUGCCACAUGCUACGACACGCAAUAUCGAGAAAGGUGAAGCACGAAGCGAGGAGCUAGCUCAGCUGACGAGCCAGUUCAUUCUGAGACGUACCUCAGAAGUUAUAGCAAAGUUUUUGCCCCCCAAAACUGAGACUAUAUUGUUUAUUCAUCCAACGGAGUCACAGGCUGCACUUUAUCGAGCGGUGAUUGACUCACCCAUUUUUGGUGCUGUGCUUGGUUCGACAGAAGCAUCUUUGCAGCUGAUCAACUAUCUCAAGAAAUUAUGCAAUAGCCCAACAUUGUUGACAAGCAAAGCUUCGGACGAUUCGGAACCCAACCAAAAUGUUGUAGCAUUGCUUGAGAGCAUUGCCCUGGAACGCAUCAACGCGGGUCCAGGUGCCAAAAUAAAGGUAUUGGAAGAGUUGCUUCUCAAGAUUAAAGGAACAAGUGAUGAUAAGGUUGUGCUCGUAUCCAAUUAUACCUCAACUCUCGAUAUUCUCGGCAACUUGUUGACAUCCAUUGGUCUGCCAUUUCUUCGACUGGAUGGCAGCACACCCACAACAAAACGUCAAGGCUUAGUCGAUUGGUUCAAUAAUUCUCCCGCCGAGAAGUACUUCGCAUUUUUACUCUCUGCCAAAGCUGGCGGUAUUGGUCUCAAUCUCGUUGGAGCGUCACGACUGAUCCUCUUCGACGUAGACUGGAAUCCAGCUACAGACCUGCAAGCUAUGGCUCGGAUCCAUCGCGAUGGCCAGAAGAAGCAAUGUUUCAUAUAUCGAUUACUCAUCAAAGGUGCAAUUGAUGAAAAGAUUUUCCAGCGGCAGGCUACCAAGACAGGACUAGCCGAUGCAGUUGUGGAUGCAAAGAAAACGGGUCAGCACUUCACAUACGAGGAGCUGAGAGACUUGUUCAGCCUGGACGAGGGAAGAACAUGUCAGUCUAGCCAAUAUCUAGAACGUAUGGGGUUUGCAAACGUCUGUGAAGAAAAUGACGAAGCCCGCAUUGAGGACCAAGCCCUAAAUGCCUGCCUUAGAGACGAAAGUGGAAGAAUCUCUUGGAUCUUUACGAAGACCACAAGAUAGUGAACAGUACCAAAAGCUUCGAUUCGUAGAUUCUAUUAAGGUACAAUCGAAAUAUUC